AUGGCUUCAUUCACGUUCAGAUGUACUGCAUUUGUCGGCAUUACUGUUGAUGGCUUCAUUGCACGGCAGGAUGGAUCUAUAGACUAUCUACCACCAGCUCCGGCAUCAAGUCCUCACGAGCAUCCCGUUUGCGCCGUUCCGACCAUUAGCGACAUGCUUGCAAACUCUGACAUGUUGAUUCUCGGCCGUCAUACAUAUGAGACCGUCUUGGGCUUUGGAGAGGAGAAUUGGCCUUAUGGCGACAAACCGCUACUUGUCAUGAGUACACAGCCAGAUGAUCAACUACGUUUACCAGCUGGUGCAGCACGCGUUCAGAAUCUGGACGAGGCUGUGCGGAUUGUACACGACAGAGGAUACAGAAACGUUUGGGUCGACGGAGGACGAACCAUCUGCGGAUUUCUGGAAAGGCAGCUUGUGACCGAAAUGAUACUCACCACCGUACCUAUCGCUUUGGGCAGGGGUAUUCCGCUCUUCCAAGGCAUCAAGAAGGACCUCAAGCUUGAGGUUGUCGCGAGCGAAGUUAUCUGUGACCUUUUGACAACUAAGUAUCGAGUCGUUUAUGAUGCAGCUGAGGCGCAAUAG